AUGAGAUAAGUGUUUGGUACAUCGAGAUUUCAGAACCAACAAUUCAAUCCAUCAUAAAGUGGAGCCAAAUUAGACUCCAAUAUGAAAAUGCAAUCUAAUUACAAGAAUGUGGAAUAAUAUACAUUAACAAAGAUCAAUGAAGAAAGACCACAGACACAUCAAACAUUUGGUCAUCGUUAUCAACAGCAGGAUUUCGAAUUCUUAAACUUGUACGAAUCGACAAAACAACUUGUAUCAGUUUAAAUACAAUAUUGUGAACCUCAUGAAUUGGCGGCCGAUUUGAUUUUAAGAUAUAACUUAGUUGGAGAUUCCACUUUGAUAGAGGAAUAUAAAGUUGGAAGAUUCCAAAAUUGUUCAAUUCAAAAACUCAUGCUAAAUUCCUAGUGA